UCUAAUGGCUGUGCUAAGUGACUCGAAACAGGGAGCCUCUUUUAAUCGCACAACAUAACUUCGAGUAGUUUCCGUUUGAUGUGUGUUAGCAAAGCAUACCUAGCAUUUCAAAGCUGAUCAGAAGUAUUCUAACCCUGAGGAUGAAAACUUUUGCACCUGUGUGAUUCCUGAAACCUCGAGGGAUUCCCUGAAGCAGACAAGUGGAAGCUUGGAGUACAUGUUUGCACCAAACAGAUGCUGCUUGCUGAUGCUAGGAUGUUAGAAGAGCCUUUACUCAAAGCCAAUGGAAUCAGCAGAGGAAGAGACGAAGACCGAGAAGAAAAGCCAACAUGUGUCGAAAUGGACCAAAAUGGCCUGUACCUCCAAUCCUCAGAGACCUGCUGUCCCACAACAAGCCCUAAACCACAUGAUGAUGAUGAUGACUUGAAUGAGUUCUCUAAUGAGUGGUCGUCCAUUGGAGACUUGAGCCAGGAUGUUUCGUUCUCCCUCGAGGGCUGCGUCAAGCUGGAGAGAAGGUGGAUGUUGUGGCACGAGUUCAAAAAAGAGCUUUCUUGCAUGGAUGAAUGGCUUCGGUCGGCUGAAAAAAUUGCAGCCUCACCAAACUCCAGCCAUGUGCUGUAUGUUACGGCAAAAGACGAGUUACGAAAGUAUGAGAACCUGCGCGCUGAGGCCAGGAUGCGUUUAACCCAGCUGGACGGUUUGACCCAGAGGAGUCGCGCUCUGCUUGGGCUCUUUAGAGGCGCGAUGGGCACUCGACUGGUAGAAAUGACCAAAGACUGUGGACAGCGCUGGGAUCAGCUCAGCAACACACUUGAGACUGUGUGCCGCAGGUUAAAGCAUUUGGUGUGCCAGCGGGAGGAUUUCGAGAGGCAGAGGGAAGAGAUGGCGGUCUGGUUGGCUGAUAUGGACCUCAGGCUGACUGAAGUGGAGCAUUUCUCGGGCACAGACACCUGCUCGAAGAUGCACCAGCUUCAGGGCUUCCAGGAGGCAGUUGGAGAGAGCGCAGGUCGACUGAAUGAUCUGCUCCAGCGAGGAGAAGAGCUGAUCCAGAGGAGCGAGCCAGAAGACGCUCAAGCCAUCGAGAGCCAGCUUCAGGAGCUCCUGCUUCACUGCACACACGUCUUUCAGGCCCUUGGACGCCUGCACACCCGCUUGCUCAGCAUGAGGCUGGUGUUUGAGGAGGACUGGGCUUUGUGCUCUCCUGACUCCGGCUGUCCCUCUGAGAGUUUACUGGAGGACGAGGGUUUCAUGGAGAAGAUCAUGGCUCCUUUUCCUCAGUCCAGUCACGAUCAGCUGGUUCUAGAGUGGGACCCUUCGGUGGACAUCGGCGGUUCAAUCUCUCAUGACGACACUGACUCGUCCUCCUUCAGUGCUGUUGCAGGUGUUUUUAGCACAGAUGAAUCUGCCAAAAAUCCCCUGAAAAGAGUCUGCAUCAAACAGCCAGGCCAUGAGAAGAGCUUAGAUCAGACGGCUCCACCCCAGACGCCAGUGCCAGUCAGCAGAGCUGGCAGGCCUCAGUUUGCUGGUCAGUUUCAGAUGUCCACACCUGAAAUUAGGUCUCCUGAGCUGCUGACUUUUGACCCAGAGCGCAUCAGUGCUUGGCUUGGCCAGACGCAUCAAGUGUGCACUAAAGCCGUCCAGACGGAGCAUGAUCCACAGCCUCGCUCCAGUUUUUCAUCUCUACCAUCCGGAAAAGAAGACAAGGAGGAGGAGGGUUUUGAGUACCAGGAGAACGUGCAUCAUCCCCCGAGACCCACGUGCGCCAACCUUCACCCGUCCCAGUCAUGUGACCUCCAGCAUCACUUUCAGCAGCGUCACCAAGACCCACAGAGGCAGCAGGAGAGGCUUUGUCUCCCCGACUCAUUGGAGGACAACAGCCGUACAAAGUUGAGUCGUGACCUGUGUCAACCGAAGGCCUCUACGGGAAGCUUAUGGUCAUCAAGAAUCGUGAGGUUUAAGGGCUUUGGAAAGGCCUCAGUGCCACUGCUUAUUCUCCUAUUUGCCGUCCUGCUGGCUGUGGUGAUCUGGUUUCUCCUCUCGCCCCACGAAACCCCAUGCCAUCAGUCCAACACCCUGACCCGCUCAUUUCACCUGGCCUUACAUUACAAUGGACCUCCUCCAACCUGAGGACGGCAUUACAGUAAGAUUUUAGAAAGUAAAACAAACGAGAGAGAUGUAGGAUAGGAAAUUGAGAAAAGCAUGUCUCCUGAAGAUGGACAGUUCUGCUUUAUUUGACUUUGACCUUAAGGCCUUGUCCGCUACAUUAAAUUAUGGUUGGGCUCAAAGCCUAUGAGUGCAAACCAAAGUAACAAGUGCACUUAAUUCUGCUCAGAUAGUCAUUUUCUCACAGUGUCAGAGUAAAUCGUAUAGAAUUGAACGAAUCUGACAGCUUUGGAAAGCAUCGCUAUUUAAAACCGCCUUGUCACGCAUGUUUACUUUGAUGUUAAGAUAUUUGUUGGCUAACCAAAUAUUGUUGUUUUGGAGGGAUAUUAAUAAUAAUGUAAAAAAAGUAGAUAUUAUGAUUGAAUAUAUGUUUGUGCUAUAGUAUUUGCUUUAAAAUGUAAAAAAAAAGAAAAUCUUGCUGGACAUUUUGUAGCUUUCAACUAAUUAUUUUUUACUUAGAAAAUCAUUGAACAUUUCAACCCGUCACAAAAUGUAUUAUUUGAAGAACCACUGAAUUGUACACCGUAAUCACUACAUUUUUUUUAAAAAGGGGGGGGCAUUCUGCACUGUAUUUAAUUUUUGCGUCAGUCCAAAUGAAGAAGACACCCAAUCAAGCUUUAAAGCAAGUCCUUGUGACCAUCAAGGAACCGUUUUUGCACUGUUAUCUGUUUUUAUAUGGCUUCUAAAAUAAAAGAGAUGAGAGAGAACAA